AUGACAGCUCUUCGUACAGGUAGCAGGAUCCCAGGGAAUAUAGCAUCGCCAUCGGCUCUCUCAGCAGCUCUGCUUCAAGGAAUAUGCUCUUCCUCUAGACUGCUGGGCAAUAGUAAUAAAUACAUUUCAACUCUACGACCAUCACACUCGACAUCAAGGACAUCUAUACCCUCAUCAUGGACACAGCCGAUCCUCUCAUCACGUCGCAUACCCCUUGUAGCUGGAAGGAACAUGUCGACCUUCCAAAGGACAAAACCACAUGUAAAUGUGGGCACUAUUGGACACGUCGACCAUGGUAAGACUACUCUGACGGCUGCAAUCACCAAAGUGUUGGCCCAAGCUGGUGGAGCAGAAUACAGAGAUUACGCUUCUAUUGACAAGGCUCCUGAGGAAAGAGCACGUGGUAUCACAAUCAACAGUGCCCAUGUAGAAUACCAGACCGACAAGAGGCACUAUGCUCAUGUUGAUUGCCCUGGUCACGCUGAUUAUGUAAAGAAUAUGAUUACUGGUGCUGCUACCAUGGACGGCGCAAUCAUCGUCGUAUCAGCUACAGACGGCCAGAUGCCACAAACACGAGAACAUCUACUCCUCGCCAGACAAGUCGGUGUCACAUCCCUCGUAGUCUUUAUAAACAAGGUGGAUGCCGUCGACGAUCCAGAAAUGUUGGAAUUGGUGGAAAUGGAAAUGAGAGACCUGUUAUCUGAAUACGGAUAUGCUGGUGAUAAAGUGCCUAUUAUUAAGGGAUCGGCUUUAUGUGCUUUGGAAGGGAGAAAUCCAGAAAUUGGUGAAAAGGCCAUUUUGGAAUUGAUGAAGGCUGUUGAUGACUUUAUUCCUACUCCUGUGAGGGAUUUGGAAAAGCCGUUUUUGAUGCCUAUUGAAGACGUAUUUUCCAUUGCUGGUCGUGGCACCGUCGUCACUGGUCGUGUAGAACGUGGUGUCAUCACCAAGGGUGCUGAGGUCGAAGUUGUUGGAUUUGGGCCAACUCAAAGAACUAUUAUUACUGGUGUCGAAAUGUUCCAUAAAGAACUGGAUCGAGCAGAAGCAGGCGACAAUGCCGGAAUCCUCCUCCGAGGUCUCAAACGUGAACAACUCCGACGAGGAAUGGUACUCGCCGCUCCAGGCAGUAUGACUCCACACUCUAAAUUCUUGACACAGAUAUAUGUCCUCACAAAAGAAGAAGGAGGUCGUCAUACCCCAUUCACAAGUGCCUAUAAACCACAAUUCUUUUCGAGAACGCUGGAUAUCUCGUCUGCCUUGUCGUGGCCAGACAAUGAACAGGGCAAGAAGAAUGACGCUGAGGGCAAGAUGAUUGUGCCUGGUGAUAAUGUGGAGAUGGUGUGUACCACUACUAUGCCUAUUGCUGUUAACGAGGGAUUGCGAUUUACGGUGCGGGAGGGUGGCAAGACUGUUGGUACAGGUGUUGUUACUAAGGUUCUGGAGUAA